UAUGCACAAUUUUUUUUUUGUUAAAAGUGCUAUUAAUUUUAUGCUUUAACUGGAUGUAAAUGGACCGUUAAAGCCCAGCUCUGCUUGCUGAUGCCUGCGUGUAUCGAAAACCAAAAACCAGCCGCAGAGCAACGAACCCGCGACCGCCGAAACAUUUCAAAGACAAUCCACCAACAGCGGCAACACCGUCAACAGUCGGCCACACCACCAUCCAUUCACCGUCACCAUCACCAUCACCGUCGCCAACAGGACGAGGGCGAGGACAAUGGAUCAACUCAAACUCAGACCUUGUAACUGCCUGACCGCACAUCCACUGGCAGAGUGGGUGUGGGUGGAAUGUGAGCGGCUGUGCACCCUUCGUCUUGCCAGUUUUCGAAAAGGGUUCUCCGAAAAGGGUUGCCACCGCACCCCGAUGCCCAUUGAGGACUCAUGGAGCAAACGGUUUCGGCAUUUCCCUUUUGUUUCCGCCUGCAUCCUUUGGCCAAGACACGGACACCUUCCCCUUCCCACCACGCUGCCACAAUGGAAAAUACAAUUUUCGCAAUCUUUGCUUAUCUUUUCAUCUCUCUGUGGCUGCCUCGUUUGCUGCACGAUUCGUUGUUGCUGCUGUUGGCCAUCCAGAAAAUCGGUAAAAAGCUAAGAUCCAGGGGGCGUGGCUGAUACGAAGGCGGAGGAGCAGAAGAAUGUGUUGGCCGUGCAUCCUUUGUUUGUCGGCAGUGCCGGUAAUGCCGAGUUGGAGCAGUAAGCUCUAAGCAUCGGUUAUGGGCGAGGUUCGUUUGAAAAAUAACAACCGUUUCCCAUCUGAUUCUUUUUUAUGGUGGCUGAGUCCUUAAUAUUUAUUGAAAAAGGCGACAUUCCAUUUUAUUUCCAAGUAAGAAAGAUAAUCAAGUGCACUUUUCAUGACUUACUAUCUUUAUUAUACUAUCAUAAAACUUAUAGCAUACUAUUACUAAU